UACUGGCAGACUUUUUUCGAUAAAGGACAUUUCAUUGAAUAGAUAUAUCGAGAUGAUACAAUCAUGUCAAAAGAAAGCCCGGCCUCUGCAUAGCUAGAUGCACACAGCCAAAAAAUCCAGAGCACCCUAAAAAUAAAAUAAUUUGAUACAAUGCCAAGCAAUAAAUCGUGUCCAGCCUAAGGAGCGGUAAAUCCUAUCCGUAAAUCACACCGCCAUCCAUGGGGGUAGAAAACCUCCCUGGCCGUACGCUCCAGCCGUGUAGACGCCAUCAUAAAAAUGUCCCUGUCUUCCGGCUUCUGCAGGAUAGACCAAGUACGGAGCCAUCGUGUACAAACAUGAAUAACCUGCAUAGGAGAUGAGACACAUUUAUUGUUAAAAACCACAUCAUUCCUGGUAAGCCACAUUGCCCAGCAUAAGGCCGCCGCUCCCACAAGAAUAUGUGCAGAAAAUUGUUUAUCUAUACCCCGUAACCAGUUGCCGAACAUAUUCCGUGCACUACGUGGUGGAUAUAAAUUCGAAGCUACUUGGACCGUAGCCCAAACUGCCCGAGCGAACUUGCACUCAAAAAAUAGGUGUUUGAUAGACUCGUCAUGUUGGCAAAAGACACAUGUCUUGGAGCCAUGCCAGUUUCGUCGUGCCAGAUUAUCUCUAGUUAGGAUGACUCCUUUGUUAAGAAACCAGAGGAAAAUCUUCACUCUUAGGGGAAUUUUUAGCUUCCAUAAUUUCCUGUUAUCUACAGGAACAUCACAAUGAACCAUUGCAUCAUACAUGGAUUUGACCGAAAAUUUGCCAUUCUGAUGCAAGUUCCAUCGAAAAGUGUCCGGAUCAUCUGACAGUUGAAUGUCCUCCAGGCGAGUGAGUAAUUCAUUCCAUGCUGUCAGACGAGUGCCCAAAAGAUCCCUACGGAAAGAAAUAUCGGGGUUUUCCUGUCCUAAUACUUGUUUGAUCGUGACAAAUUUAUGUCGGACGAUCCGGUACAAGCUCGGAUAUUGCACCAUUAGGGGAGUGUUCCCUAGCCAGGUAUCUUCCCAGAAACGAACCUGAGCACCGUCCCUAACCAAGAAGGUCCCAAAUUGGAAAAAGAAUUCCUUGGCCUUCAUGACACCACUCCAAAAAUGUGAAUCCCCAGGUUUCCAAUGAAUUUGAGAAAUGGCAUUGGAUCCCACAUACUUGUUGCGAAUGAUUUCCUGCCAUACUCCAUUCUCAGUGAGUAAUUUAUAGACCCACUUGCUGAGAAGAGCGAUAUUUUUAAUCUCAAGGUCUUGGAUUCCCAGGCCCCCUUGGCUUUUAGGUCUGCAUAAUACGCUCCACCUAGCCAGUCUAUAUUUCUUGGUUUCGUUAUCACACUGCCAAAAAAAUCUGGAUCUAAAGUAAUCUAGACGCUGUAGAACCCCUUUCGGCAGGUGGAAGAAUGACAACAUGUAUAAAACCAUGUUGCUUAGGACAGAAUUGAUCAAGAUCAAUCGGCCCCCAUAAGACAAGAGUUUGGCCUUCCAACUGGCUAAACGUUUCUCAAGUCUCUCUUCCACAUGCCUCCACUCAGCGAUAGUUAAACGCCGAUAGUGUAUGGGGAUACCCAGAUACCUAAUCGGAAACUGCCCGAGCUGGCAUCCAAAAAUGUCGGCAUACUCGGGUGCAGAUUCUGCAGCAUCUCCAAAGCAAAAAAGUUCACUCUUAUGAAAAUUAAUUUUGAGACCAGAAAGUUCCUCAAAGGCACAUAAGAGCAGCUUGAGACUUCUUGCUUUAUCAAGAUCAUGAUCCAUAAAAAGAAUCGUGUCAUCGGCAUAUUGUAGAAUGGAUAGACCAUCUUCUACUAGAUGUGGGAUGACCCCGCUAAUUUGACCAUCCAGCUUGGCCCGCUCCACUAGGGUAGCUAGCAUGUCGGCCACAAUGUUAAACAGAAUAGGAGACGCGGGGUCGCCUUGGCGAAGCCCCUUCCUUGUCUGAAAAUAGUUGCCAACGUCUUCAUUAACUUUUAUGGCCACACUACCGCCAGAGACAAAGCUCUCUACCCAGCGGCACCAUUUUGGUGAAAACCCUUUCAUGCGUAAGGUUUGCAACAAGAAGGGCCACUUAACUUUGUCAUAGGCUUUCUCAAAAUCAAUUUUAAGAAUGACACCGUUCAUUUUUUUCCGGUGCAGUUCAUGUACAGUUUCGUGCAGGACGACCACUCCAUCUAAAAUGUUGCGACCUUGCAUAAAUGCUGUUUGUGUGGGUUUUACGACAUGGUCAGCUACACCGUUCAACCGAUUAGUCGCUACCUUCGUAAAAAUUUUAAAACUUACAUUGAGAAGGCAAAUCGGUCGAUAUUGUUGAAUACGACUAGCCUCCUUAAUCUUAGGCAGUAGGAUAAUUUCCCCAAAGUUUAAACGAGAAAUGUCAAGGUCCUCGAAAUGCAGUUGGUUAAACAACUGAACCAAGUCUGCCUUAAUGACGUCCCAAAAGCAUUGAUAGAACUCUGCGGGAAAGCCAUCCGGUCCCGGUGCCUUGUUGUGUUCCAUCUGAAACACAGCGGUUCGAAUUUCCUCCUCAGAAAAAGGAGAGGUUAGGAAUUCAUUUUCCGCUUCCGUAACUUGAGUGAUGUCAUGAGUAACGGAUUCAUCUAGAUGAAAAUUAGUCUCGGCUGAAGGCCCAAAAAGGUAUUUGUAAAACUUAGUGAUAAAAUUUCUAAGUGGUACGUCCCCCUCUAUUCGGCCUUCCUCCUGGUCAAGGGCGAAUAUACGCUUCUUUCUAUGUCUGCCAUUGGCAAGCAUCUGAAAGUAUUUCGUAUUAUCAUCACCUAGCACUAACGAAUCCGCCUUGCUACGUUGGUACCAUUUAAUCUCUUCCUCACGUAGUAGGUGGGCAAUCUGCUCGUUAAGAUUGCUUUUUUGCUCGAUCUCAACAGCAGACAGAGGCCUCACCUCCGCUAUUUUAUCAAGGGAAUCAAUUAGGGUAGACAAACGCAAUUUUUCUUUUUUAUAAAUUCCAGCAGUAUGCUUGGCCCAUCCUCGAAGGAAUCGACGCAGGGAGCGGAUUCGAUUAUUCCAUCUUUGGAUGGGUGUGUUACCGCGGGGCUGGCGUGCCCACACUUUCUUAACUAGCUCCUGAAAUCCCUCUCUAGUGAACCAUCCCAGUUGAAAUUUAAACUGGUGGCGAUUCGAACUCGGGAUUGGUUGUCCAAAAUUGAUUAGCAACGGAGCGUGAUCCGAUAAGGCCUCAAUUCUUUCAAGUGCCCGAACCAAUGCUAGGGGAUAUUUGUAUUCCCAGUCAGUGGUAACUAGCACCCGGUCCAGUUUUUCAAAGGUCGGCACCGAACGGUUGUUGGCCCAGGUAUACUGACGACCAGACAUUGUGAUUUCUCUCAGAUCGAGGCUGUCAAUAACAGCAUUAAAGAGGAAAGGCCACCUAGUGUCAAACCGAUCGUUGUUUUUUUCCUGCUGAUAUCGAAGGAUGUUGAAAUCCCCCCCGAUUAACAUGGGAUGAGGAUUGUUUCGACAGGUAUUAACAUGGUAUGCUGCCAAAUACUCCCAUGCCAUCAGCCAUACAAGACCUUCUCACCCCAACUGCUGGUCUCUCUCUCUCUCUCUCUCUCUCUCUCACACACACACACACACACACACACACACACACACACACACACACACACACAAUCAAUCAAUCAAUCAAUGUGAAUUGUACUUGAUGGAGAUUAUGAUCUUGCAAAUUUAUUUAAACUGUGCGCGAUUGUAUCGAUAAAAAACUGAUGUACAUAGAAAGCUAGAAACAAAAUGUCUGUAAAUAAUUAGCUUGAACUAAUUGUAUUGUUUUGUCAUAUUCACCCAUAUUAGUACAUUCCACAACCCUACGAUUGCGGACAGGAAGAUCAAAAGACUUACUUGGGAUCCAACCUUAAUAUUUAAGGAAACAAGUCAUCAGCAAAUCUACUCGUGCAUCGGUAUUCACAUUUUCUGUGAGGAAGAGUAAAUGAAUACUAGUCUUAUGUGAAGAUGCUCAGUAUAAUCUACAGUAAAAAGUUAAAGCUUGCUCUUGAACGGUUACUAUUAAUCAUGCUAUAGUUUUUUCCGCUUCCAACCAGGGAUAGUGUUGCUUCAAUUAUACCAUAACUUGAUAAUUUUGAAUGCUUAUAUCUUUAUGAAUUUUCUUGCAGUACAAUAUCUUCAGCUUUGUAAAAACAAUUUGUCAAGAUUUUUUGGCUUCAGCAUAUUUCUAGACUGGAACCCGUAAAUAUGUCUAUCAUUAAUACAUAAUUCUACCAUCUCGAGAUUGUGUGCGUAAACGAUGCAGUGGACAGGGUUUUUCCUUCUUUAAGAAAAUAUAAUCUCAUAAUCUUUUGUUCGUUUCAGCACGGACACGUUGGUAUCUCAGUUUUACUAGUGUGCACUGUUUUUUGUCCAUAAAAUGAAAAGGAUAUUGCAAUCUCGUCUCAAUGUUACGUUUAAGUUGGCAGAAAAGUCAAAUUUGUAAUUUGCAUAAAACUGACACACACAAAAUAGAUUUCUUUCCUUGCAAUAGGCAUUGUAUUCUCUAGUGAAUUUGUAAUUUAAUUUAAUUUUCAAAACUAAAAAUAGAUCAUAUUUGCUUAUAGAAUUUGGCAUCAAAGUUAUAUAAAAACUGAAACAUACAAGGCAUUUAUAUGAAUUGAAGUAUUAUAAAAAUUGAAUUUCCAAGAUACAAUAUUUUGCAAAUUUUUUAUAGCAAAUCAUAUGAUAAUAUGACUUGGACAUUCCAAUUUUGAAUUUACUUAUAUGUAUUUUAUAUGAGACAAACAUAUAAUAUCAUAUAUUAGAUGAAGAGGAAAUGAAAGAUGCAAGCCCUACAUAAUCUAGAUAUAUCACUUUGAUUUUUGUUCCCUUUUUUAUCGACCGGAAAAAAAAUGUAGUUAUAAGCAUAUGAAGCAAAAAAAAAUUGAGACAUAUCAAUGUAAAUAAGCAUAUAUAAUUGGGAGUUUUCUUUGCAAUUGUGAUCAUGUAUUCUAUGAUCAAGAUCUAAAAGAAAGAUUUUAAAGAUUGUAUGGAAGAAAUUAGAAAAAAAAUAGUAUAAUUCCUAAAGAGAACAUCAAAAUACGUAAUUCGGUUCGAGACACUUGGUGAAAACAUGUACCGUACAUGGUCAAUUGAAAACUAAAAAUCUAUGUGAUAAUCUAAAAUAUAUCAUUCUAUUCAUAUGUUAAUUAACAUGUACCUUGCUUGUGCUAUUACAGGUAAUGAUGAUCAUAUCACAAAACUGGACAACAAUAGUAUUAGCACAACAGAAAAAGGAAUAGACGAGAAAUUUACCGGAGUGCCAUUUCAUAAAGCACAAAAAUUAAGGCCUCAUGCCAAGAAGUUUCAGCAUCUAGGUAAUGAAGAGACAACCGCAUUUCAACUUCAUUCCUCGAGCUCAACCACAAAAACAAGUGACAGUGAGUUUCCAUAUAUUUAUGGGCAAUCCGCCAAAACCGAUGACCAAAAAUUCCCAUAUAUCUAUGGCCCAGAAAUGAAAACCAAAGACCAAAAGUUUCCGUACAUCUAUGGUACAACAACCCAAAUUGAUGACCAAAAAUUUCCGUACAUAUACAACCUAGCAAAGAAAAUCGAUGACCAGAAGUUCCCAUAUAUCUCCUGCAACAAAAACCGAAGACCAUAAUUUUCCAUACAUCUAUGGCCCUGCCACAAAACCCGAAGACAUGAAGUUUCCUUAUAUCUAUGGCCCAUCUAUGAAAACCAACGACCAGAAAUUUCCUUACAUCUACGCCCCAUCCACAAAAACCGAUGACCAAAAUUUUCCAUAUAUCUUUGGCCCUGACACUAAAACAAACGACCAGAAGUUUCCAUACAUCUAUGGCCCAACCACAAAACCAAACAACCAAAAGUCUCCAUACAUCUACGGGCCAACCACAGAUGACCAGAAAUUUCCAUACAUAUAUGGAUCCGCUACGAAAUCUGAUAGCCAGAAUUUUCCAUAUAUCUAUGGCCCAACCAUGAAAACCAGUGACCAAAAAUUUCCAUACAUCUAUGGCCCAGCCAUGAAAACUGAUGACCAUAAGUUUCCAUACAUCUAUGGUCCGGCCACGAAAACCAAUGAUCAAAAGUUUCCGUACAUCUACGGCCAAGACAUGACAACUGAGGACCACAAAUUUCCAUACAUCUACGACCAAGACACGAAAAAUGAUGACCAGAAGUUUCCGUAUAUCUACGGCCCACACACGAAAACUGAUGACCUGAAGUUUCCAUACAUCUACGCCCUAGCCACAAAAACCGGUGAGGUGAAGUUUCCCUACAUAUAUGGUCCAACCAUGGGAACAAAUGGCAAGAAUUAUAAGUUUCCAUAUAUAUACGGCCUAGAAAGGAAUGUCGACGACCAGAAGACCACAAGGAGCAAAGGUUUUCCAGGAAUUAGCACGAUGGGCGCGUCCAAUCUGCAAGAAAAGGUGAGCGAGGGAGACGUUCACAUCCAUGGAGACUUCACGUUCACGGAAGACAUCGUGAAACUAGGAUCUACAAUCAUCCCUUACAUCCUACCAUCAGCUACCUUAGGUGCUCCUUUGCUGCAGCGUGACAUCGCUGACUCCAUCCCCAUUUCCAUGAGGAACUUCAAUGGCAUCAUGAAAAUGUUCACGUCAGUAUCUUACACCAUGGCAAACGACAUAUGGUCGACCCUGAACAUGUGUGAGAAUGUGCACCCUCUCAACGGCGAGAAGAAAACAUGUAUCGGCUCCGUGGAAUCAAUGGUCGAGUUUGUCUCAUCGAUGCUCGGGAGUACACGCGACCUACAAGCUUUCUCCUCAUCCCAAGUGCCCAAUGAAGGUGUGGUGACAAGGAGGAGGUACAAAGUAGUGGCGUCAUGAAGGCCCACUGAGUCGAGUGAGACUGCGACAUGCCACGGCAUGAACUUCCCAUAUGCGGUGUUUAUGUGCCAUGCCAUGAACCCUACUAGGGUAUAUGCGGUGACGCUGGAGAGCGAGCACGACGGUGGCGAAGCGCAGAAGAUGGAAGUGCUUGUCGUGUGUCACCUCGACACGUCAGGGUUUGACCCUAGUAAGAUGCCAAAGGGCAUCAGGCCUGGGCAGGCCCCAGCUUGUCACUUUGUCGGCAGGGACACCGUCCUCUGGGCGCCUGCUGCUGCUGCUGCCACCACCACCACUGCUGCUUAAUUAAUCAUUCCCAAGCACAAAGUAAUUGUGCAGCGUGGACGCCAUGGUUAUGCAUGCAUCUAUGUUCCAUGCAUCCAUGACUCGUGCCAUCAUGUAUGUAUGCAUGUUUCUGUACCUAAAUCGUGUGAAACACUUGCACUGCUAUCGCAUUGCGGGCCAGUGUUUACUUUGUUGUUGGGUUUGUCUGUGUUGUGUAAGGUGUGCCAGCUAUUACCGACUAAAUAAAACUCAUGAGUUGUGCUUA